AUGUCGCAGUCGUGCAAGGAGGAGAUGGAGGCGGUAGCGGUGGGCCAAGAGGCGGCUGGGGGCGCGACGGACACGAGCACGGCGGGCACAGCCGACGUCGCCGGCGCGGCGGACGCGGCGGGCGCGGCGGGCUGCUUGCCACCGGCCGAGGCGAUGGCUGCGACGCCUGUGGCUGCGCAGAGCACGGGCGAGCUGAUGGCGCGGAUGGUGCGGCUGCAGUUGCGGCGGCAGGAGACGUACGCCGAGAUGAACGCGGCGUUGGAGGCGCUGCUCGCGCCGGCAGGUACCGUCGAUCGCAUCUCGCCACAAAGCUACAUGGCACGGGUUGAGGAGGCGACAGGCAUCUUUGCCACCACAUCUAACGCUGUCCGCAACAUCGAGGCCCGCCUGCGUGCGCCGGAGAGCGAACUGGCGUCGAAGCCGCUGGCGGCUCUUGUCCGCUCCAUCCAGCAGGUCGAGCGCGAUAGGCUCAUGCUCGUCUCGGCCAUCCAUGCACUGCGCGUGCAAUCCGAGGACGUGCUGCGCAAGGCAAGCGGAACUACCGACAGCGGCGAGGGCGAUGAGCCUGUCGACGGCGUCGUUCCGCGUGGCGAGGUUCUCUCCGCCAAGCUCUCUGAGAGCAAGGCUGCACUGGGGCGGGUGGAGACAGAGCUGGCUGAGUUGAUGCAAGAGCUCCAAGCCGAGGCCAUGUCAUAG